AUGAACCAUACGAGGAUGGUACCGAUAGUGCUAAGUUCGGAAUGGCCAACAGCGUUUGCGAAUCGCGAGGGCACAGCACAUGCUCAAAUUGCAAUCGCACCUAAUGCACUCUUCCUAUUGAAUUAUGGCAAUGAACAUGAAUCCACAUCCACCGCACAACAGCCGUCGUCUACCAUUGUAAUCGCACCGAAUCAAGUAUCAUCCAUCGUCCAGCCUAGUCCCAUGCACUCCUCUGACAACACUGACAAUCAGUUGUCGUCGAAUUCUGUUCAGAUCACUUCUAACACUCGAUCAGAUUCGUCUUCGUCUCAAACCUUGUCGACGUCCUCUAAUCAGAUUUCGUCUUCAUCGAAUAGCAUCAGUUCAUCGCUAAGCACUUCAUCUCAGCAUCAGUCCGACUCCUCACAUGAUUUGCUAUCAGCGGGCACUACUUCCAAUGAAGUGCUCAUGCAACUUCAAAAGCAACAGCAACACGAACAACAGUCACAACAAACAAGCAAUACUGAUGAUAGAAGCAGCCAAAACAGUAAUCGCAUUACUGAUUCGUUUCAUGGCAAAUUUGAUUUUGCGCAUAACAUCGACAUAACUAGUAAAUCUUCCGAUAAUGCUGCUGCCUCAACAGUUUUGAACAGCGGAAGUCAACAAGUCGCUUCCGUUUCAACUAAGGAAACUGAUCAGGAAUCGAGGCAAUCAGUUGAUUCGUUGAGCGGAGCAAACUCGUCAUCCAGAAAUGAUCGAGUUGAUCAGGCCAGCAGAAGUAACGAUCGACUAACAAUUUCAUCUAGCGAUCGACUUGCUGGAAACCAUGUCAAUGAUCAUGCGCUCGAUAUAACUGAUCAUUCGAUGAGUUCAUCAUCUUUCUCUGAGCAUAACUUAUUAACAUCGAACGCCGAUAACCACUCACAACAAUCCGGUUCAAUGACUUCCGAAUCCACUCAGCAUUCUCACCAGGAAACUGUGCAAUCAAACGGUUCGACGGAUAUCGAAGAUAUAUCGCAAAAAACAGAUCACCAACUUGUAACUGGUACGAUGUCUCAAACAACUGAAAUGCCUACCACUAAGGAAUCCAUUCCACUGAGGACACCGAACGUUGCUAGUGAAGCGAUAAGUACUCGUACCACUGAGGUGGUGAGUACGACAACAACGAUUGCGAUUGUACAAAGUAGUGUUGAUUCAGCAGCAGCACAAAUCCAGCAGCAGACUGUGAUUACUGCUAAUAAUGUCAAGGAAUCGGUGAUUAGUGAUAACUCAAUAACGUCAAAUGGUCAAGCUGAUGAUAAAGUUGUUGGUCAAGCAACAAAUACCUAUGCAGAAAGUCAGUCGGCCGCCACUGCUCCAACAGCAUCAAGUUCUGUUGCGGCGCAAUCCGGCGUCACCAAUGCUCAAGCUUUGCAUUUGGCUUCAUCCACUGAUACUCAGGAAAAGGCUUCAACGAGCAAUUCUCACGUGCCGCCAUCUCUCCAUGCUGCGCACAUCUUCAACGCUUUUUCGUUACAACAAAAAACUGAUAAUAAUUUGUUAGAAUCUCAAUCAGUGGUUCAGUCGAACGAACAUUUGGAAUCGUUCAGUCGGUCUGAAACAGCUGCAAGUUCCAAUUUGCAGCAGCAGCAGCAACAGAAUCUAGAGCAGUCGAUGCCAUCUGAUAUGCCCACAUCUUCAACUAUUGCUUCGACUUUAUCAACAACUACAUCAACAACCUCAACCACAACUUCAUCGCCAACUACGGUAACUUCGACUACUGACUCAACGAUCAUCCCGUCCCAACCGGUCAGCUCAACAGGUGGUGUGCUAAAUCUCCAUGAAGCACAUAUCUUCAACGCUCUCUCAACACAAGCAAAACCAGACACUGAUAGUACCUCAGCGAAAUCACCGGCAAAUAGUCACCCGAAUGAGCCUUCGGUGUCGUCGUCUGGCAGGAGUGAACCGGCAGAAAGUGCACUAGGGGACCUUUAUCCAGCCCACACUUUCAAUGCUUUCUCAUUGGAGCAGAAGUUAGCCGUAGACAGUAACAACUUAGCGAAGUCCCAAGUCUACGGUACGGAUUCUAACGAGCCUUCAGCGUCCUCUUCAACAACUGCAAAUGUUGAAAGCACAAUGUCAAGCCAUACUCAAGAGGAGUCGUCAUCAGUCGCCAAUACAUUAUUGAAUGUGCAACAACCGAAUCAGUCACAGCCGUCACAGUCAGGUUCACAUUCUUCGGAUAGUGAUGGCCACACAGAAGGAACAAAUAUAGGCUCGGAAACAGGUACACGCAAUGUGACUGACUAUCUUGCUUGCGUAUCGAUCUAUCACUGUCCAUUUCAUCUGUAUUCGAAACCUGUGUCUCGGGACUUACUUACACUUAUGAGAAUGAGACUUAAUUUAUGA